AUGUCGUGCUUCCGCGUACAGAAGUGGAGGGCGUUUGCACACCGGUGGUUUUUAUAUGACGCCUACAUGCAGUGUCCGAUGCUAUCGGGAGAAUUACUGGCCUCGUACCUUACUGGAUCUAGAAAACGAAUAUAUGAUCCGCGAGGUGAUUGUGGUGAUAGCGUCAUCGUCUUCAAUAGUCGCCACAUUGCUGCAAAGGACAACAGCCUGUAUUGGAGACGCUUUCUUUACACUCACCACACCAGAUUCGGACCAUAUCGCGUCGAAGAGACCAUGGAAGAAAUGCACGCUCGCGACCCAACAGAGAUUCUCAGACGCGAGGUUCGUUCACAUUUGAAAAACUGGACUGGUAGGCCCGAUUGGCUUUCUCGCCUUCACAUUUUCGCCGACGGGAUUGAGACCCUACCGGAGGAACUGAUCAAAAACGUUUCCGGUGUCAUACGCCAAGUACUCCCUGUCCCCAGACGCCUCGAGGCUUACUCAACAGAAGAGAUUGAAGCCUAUCCAAAACUUUUUGACUGGCCCGAGAACUAUGCAGUCCGACCGCUGAGCACAUAUACAAAGCCACGGCCGCGAGCCGGAAAAGUGCCAACUGUUACGGAAAGCAAAACCUAA